GAGAAAAAGAAAAACUUUUUAUAUCUUUCAAUCCCUCAGAAUAAUCUGUCUAUGUAGACAUCAAAUGCGGGGCAGAGUAGACACGAGCAAAUCAGAGAGUCAUGCAAUCGUUGUACUGGCCUGCUACUACAACAGUAGUGUUGAGAAACUUUUCAAGCAUGGAAGAUGAGGUAAGAGCAGCCCAAGUCAGAGGAACUAAUGCAGAAGACACAACAUCAAGAGUAUUCCCUUGUUUAUUUUGUUCAAGAAAGUUCUACAGUUCCCAAGCUUUGGGAGGCCAUCAAAAUGCUCACAAGAAGGAGAGAACAGCAGCAAGAAAAGCCAAACGGGCUGCUGAAUAUGUCGAAGGAAACUUCUCCUCACCUUUGCCUCCACCUCCUCUGGUUUUUGCUCCAACUCAUCACUUGGGCAUGUUACAUCCUUCCAUGUAUAUAACUCCACACGCCGCCAAUCUUCGAUGUUUUCCCAGUCACCAACAGUCAGAUCGUUUUGGAUCCACCGGCGCAGCAGCCAGGUUUGAGAACAUAGUAUAUUAUGGUGGGAGUUAUCCAAGCAAUCAAUAUCAGUUUGAAGAGGGUGAGUUCUUGAAUUGGCAGAGAAGCACGCGAUCAUGCAAUAACUUCAAUGAACCUGUGAUGAAUAGUGAUCACAAUCUUGAUAGUAAGGAUAAGGAUCAAAAGCUUGAUCUUUCUCUCCAUUUAUAGAAACAUAAAUGUUAUUUAGUAGACUGUUAUACGACUGUUAUACAACUAGAACGACGUGAUAGUAAAAAUUAGUUUUUGGAUCCGCAAUUGCUUUGGAAAAAAAUUAAUCAAUAAUUGAUUUUCAACGUUACGUCAUCAUCCCAGUUGUAUGACAGUAAUAUACGAGCCUAUUAAAUGGUAUUAGUUUCUAUAGAAAUGGAGGAUAUGGAAUGGAAGAAGAUGGGUGGGCUAGAGAGAGAAAUGGGCAUUUUUUUUGGUUUUUAUUCUUAGAGGGCUUAAAUUACAUGUUUUAGCUAACAAUGAGCAUCAGGCUUUACUCAAUUUUGUCGAUCAAUUAAUUUGUAUUUCCAUGACAUCAUUGCCAAACUUUUUCUUACAUAUAUCAAUAAAAAUUAUGUUCAUGUUGGAAA